GUACUGCGCUGUCCCAUCCUAACAAACGCCUGUUGCUUCCGGGGAUUUAGAGAGAGAAGCUCCGCGUCGUUAAAGAGAGAUAAACUCCAGAGAGAAUUAAACUUUUGUGCGAGAUAGAGAGAGAGAAGCUCUCAACAAUGGUGAUUAUCUUGUAGAUCUCGAAACCCUAGCUUCUCUCUCUAUUCUUUUCAAUAUUAUCUUCCUGUCCAAUAAAUCAUUUCUUGUUUUCUGCGUUUAUUUCAGUUCGAGAUCGGCAUUUUUUUCGCACUCCGAUUUCUUGGAGACUGUUCAAUUUGUUUCCCGACUUUUUAAAUCCAACCUUUGAAUUCCUUCAACAUUCAUCUUCUCCUGUUUCAAAUUUUGAUUGAAUUCGCGCGUUCUCUCUGCUUUCAUAUCUCCAUUUUGGUCGAGAUAAAUUGCUCGAAAAUUUCUAUAUUUGUGCCGAAGAAUACAUAGGUUUUGCAUAUGAGUUGAAAAUUUGAGUUAAAAUUAACCUAAACCUUUUUUUUCGGAAAAUGGAUGACCGAGGUGGUGGUUCAUUUGUGGCAGUGCGAAGAAUUUCUCAUGGAUCCUGCCAUACAAAUUCGGGAAUUAGUGCUUUUUGGUGUUGUCUUACUGAAGGUGUUGCUUAUGAUUUUGUAGCGGAGGUUGUUGCGGGAUCAGCAGCUUGGUUAGGUAGAGGUCUUUCGUGUGUUUGUGCUCAAAGAAGAGAUAGUGAUGCCCGGCCGUCAUUUGAUUUGACUCCAACUCAGGAAGAGUGCUUGCAGCGAUUGCAGUACCGCAUAGAUGUGGCCUAUGAUUGCUCAAACCUAGAACAUCAGGAAGCUUUAAAGGCAUUGUGGAAUGCUGCCUUUCCUGGUGAAGAACUUCGUAGUUUGAUAUCUGAACAAUGGAAGGAAAUGGGAUGGCAGGGGAAAGAUCCGUCUACAGAUUUCAGGGGUGGUGGCUUCAUCUCAUUGGAGAACCUGCUGUUUUUUGCUAGAACUUUUCCGAAAUCCUUCCAAGACCUUCUACGAAAACAGGAAGGAAAUCGAGCUUUGUGGGAAUAUCCCUUUGCUGUGGCAGGUGUGAAUAUUACAUUCAUGCUGAUCCAGAUGCUAGACCUUGAAGCAGAUUUUCUCUGGUUUUCAGUCAAACCACGAAUGCUGGUGGGAGCAAUCUUUCUGAAGUUUCUUGCUGAGAAUGAGUCUGCAUUUGAUUUGCUGUAUUGUAUCACAUUCAAGCUGCUUGACCAUCUAUGGCUUGAGAUGCAUGCCUCAUACAUGGAUUUCAAUUCUGUUAUGAAGGCUACACGCCGUCAACUUGAGAGAGAAAUGAUGCUUGAAGACAUUAUGCGGCUUGAAGACCUGCCGUCGUAUGGCCUUCUCUCAAAAUAGGUAGCUUUCGGCAAAGACCAGAUGAAAUUUAGAUGCUGUUGGAAUCUUUACACUUAUUGAAGUAGUCCAUUCCUUCCACGGUCAUUACAUUGGAUGACUGGUGGUCUCAGAGGAUUUGGUGUGCCAUCUCGAAACAUGGAUUCAUUGUGAGUUUGGUUCUAGAAGAGAAGCUUCUGUAAGUUGACAAGGUCAUUAACUUCACCAGUUUUAGUACCUAACUGAAUGCUUUAGGUGGCCAGUUUUAUCUUGUCAAUGAAAAUAUGCCAUAUUAGCGCUUUGGUUUUCAUAAUUAGUUUUGAAUGAAAAUAUGCUAUGAUGCUAUAAGUGCUUCACUCAUCUCAUCAGAAGAGUGGAAUGGCAAAUUCAUUAUUAUUGUGGGAGUAAUGUGAUUUACAGACACUAGCUAACACAGAUAAUGGAGGGUAAAAAAAAGCUAUAGAUUCUGAAAUUCAAAUGAUCUAUGUCCCUGGUUCACUUGCUAGAGCAUAUCUUGAUUUUAAAUGUGAACAACAAAUUUGUUUUGCUCUUGACUUUGGAUACAAAGGGAAUGUUACAGAGUUUAUCCCUCAGUAUCGAGUACAAAGCGAAUGUUGAAUUGUUCUGCUCUCGACUUUGAGUACUAAGCAAAAGUCAAAUUGUUUGCUUUGGAUUUAGAGCACAAUGUGAAGGUUAAAUUCUUUGGCCAAGUCAAAAAUAAGGAAACCUUUCAUCGUACUAAAAUUUGUAGGUUUGAUUCGUAUCUCAAUUACCAUCGUGCAGUCCAGUAAAUGGUUAUAUAAUUAACACAACAUGCACUUCUAUAAGCAAUUAAUCAUCUUCAGUUGAUGUAUGAGAUACAACUUUUGUGUUGCUGCAAAAUUCUCCUCACAUUAAAAUUAGUAUUUUAGUUUAUUUAAGUUCAUCCGAUUCUUUAAAAUUGCUACUUUUGUUUUUUUUACGAUUUGAGUGAAGAGAAAAGUAUAAGCAAGUAAAAUAACUAAUUGGGAGAAAAUUAUAUGCAACGUAAAGAUAAAGUGAGAAAAAAUGUACAUGAAUGAUGAAAACAGGAUAUAAGUAUGCGAGAUUCACCUGAAAAUGAAGGUAUAUGGGCAACAUUGGGAGUCUGAGAAAUGAUAAGGGAAUUCCUUGGCAGCAACAGAGUAGAGGAAUGAGAAGUACCUACACUAUAAACGGGUCCAUAGUCCAUACCCUUUACUUCUAAGGUUAAUAAGUAGCUGUUGGAGGCUGGUUGCUGAGCCGUAUCCUCUCAAUGUUGCCCACCAUUCUUGCACCCAAAUAUUAGGGUUAAACGACUUCCGCAGUAACAGCAUUAAGGUACAAUCGUAACUUUCGAUAUAUGUAUCAAUAAAUACUAAUGUUACACGAGAUGGUUUAACGACACAUUGUUAGUACAAUACUAUGCGACUAUGACACCGUAGCAUGUCCAACUUGAAACUCUGCCAAUAUUUUUUCAGUCAUAUGAAACUCCUCACUCAUGACAGAAUUGAGUACUUUACCUUUGUUUUGCGGAUGAUAGGGGUCUUGCUCUCUUUUCCCUAAUCAAUGACAUCACAAAUUCCUAUGAGAGACGGUUUUUUAACAAACUAUUUUAAUUGGGCAGGCCCAAAAAAAAAUAGAGUAAGUUUUUGAUAGGCAUUAAGAAUACAGCUAGUGUUGAACGAGACGGCCUCAUAAUGACACCGUCAAUUUAGACUGACCCAAUUUACGCGUUUAACAACUUGGGUAUUUUUUUUAUUUUUGGGCAUUGUUUAAUUUUGAUCUUAAAAGGUAUCAACUUUUAUUUUAAAGGUAUCAAUUUUGAAAAUUAAUACCUUUAAGGUCAAAAUUGAUAAUUGCCCAUAAAAUUGAAAUGUUGUUACACGUGCGUGAAAUGGGCCGGCCCACACUUCAUCUUAACUUGCAACGAUCUCGUCCAAGUUUUUGUGUUAAGAAUAUUAUAAGUAGGCAUUUAGAAUAUUUUAAAUACUUAAAAUACUUACUCGGUGGGCAUUAAGUAUAUUAUAUGUAGGCAUUAAACAUAUUAUAGGUAUGCAUUAGGAAUAUAGUAAGUAAAUAGGCUAAGUUUCUCGGCAAGCAUUAAGCAUAUUGCAAGUAGACAUUGUAAGUACUUUUUCGAUGAGCAUUAAGUAUAUAUUGUAAAAACGCAUUGAGUACUUUUUCGUUGGGCAUUAAGUAUAUAUUGUAAAUACGCAUAGUAAGUACUUUUUCGGUGGGCAUUAAAUAUAUAUUAUAAAUAAGCAUUAAAGAUAAUGUAAGUAAAUAUUAAGAAUAAUAUAAGUAGGCAUUAAAGAUUCAAUAAGUGAACAUUAAGAUUUAAUUGGUUAGCCUGACAAAUGUCUCUUAAAGAGACGAUCUCUCAGGAGACCGGCUAAUGACCUAUUUACCUUCUGUACAAGGAGCCACAAGCUCGGGCCUUAAGGUGUGCCUUCCAAGGUUCACUAUUUUAUCACUAAAUUUAGCUCAAUUUAUCAACACCAACAAUGUUCUGAUCGUUCAACACUCGACCAAAACAAUUAAAACAAACUUCAUUUACAGACAACAUAGUAUAAUGCUAAGUAGAAAUCAGGAAAUAUUUCAAUAUCGAAUAAGAACACAAAUUUCACUCAACGCACCCAAGGCGAUAAUGCUAAACAGUUUUUAUGACGCACAUAAACAAAAAAAAAAUAGAAGUCUAUCGAGAUAAAAGCACACAAACAUAAGGUCUACUCAGCCAAACAUGUUCUUGCAAUAUAGUUGCCAGCACUACGCUAGAUUGAAUCCCUAAGGAUUGGCAGGCAAUAUAUUUCCAUGUAGGUAAAACGUCUACUCGUAAAUCCAUGAGUGAAGGCUGCUCUGCCAGCAGACGACACCCUCAGGGAACCAUAGAGCAAUCUCCUUUGUUGCGCUCUCAACAGAGUCACUUCCAUGGAUGACAUUUCUGCAAAAA